AAGCCCUACGCCUGCGCCCUACCCCUAAGCCCUCAUUUCUGCUCUUGGAAGUCAACGCCUAUCCCUUCCAUCAGGAAUUGUCCGUAACAUGGUCGACACGAGAGGUACAGGCCCGUCUCUCGACGAGGCGGCCUCUGUUGAGUUGCCUGUCCCCUCUGUGACCGAAAACGUUGCUCAUGUCUCCCCUAAAAUGUCUCACCCUCUCGAGGAGGAUGAAGUAUCCCAGUCACCGCGAGCCUCCAAGAAACGCCGCCUGGAAGCCGAACCCGACGACCUUUCACUCCCACCACCCCCGCCCGCAUUAACAGUAGACCAAGCCCCGGGCAAUCAGAUCGAAGAAGAGCUGGCCUCUGCGCUGGGUUCCGGCGUUGUUGACCCCGUGGAGCGGCCGGUGGACACGCCCGUUCCGAUCGAAGGGACCGCGGAAAGCGCCGUGCCACCACCGGAGAGCAGUGCCGACAUCGACUCGGACAUGGCCACGGUCAUAUCGAGCAUCAUGAAUCACGCAGAACGAGUAGAGGAACAAUGUGUGAUCGGCCAGCAGCAAUUGGUGGAUACUUCCAGUGCGUCGCCUCCGAAGGGCAUGGUGUUUGUCAAGGCCAACUCGCACCUGAAGAUCCAGAGUUUACCUAUUCUUGACAACUUGUCUACUCAAAUCCUCUCGCUGUUGGCCAAGUCCUCGUACCAGGAGAUUACCUCCUUCGUUUCUGAACCGGAGACCGAGAGUGGCCAGGCCUACGCGACCAUGCGAUCGCUCUUCGACCAUACGAAAAAAGUCUAUUCCAGCAAAAAGUCUUUCCUUUCGCCUACGGAGCUGGAGCUCACCGAAUCCUCGCAAAUCGACAUUAUUCGCAAAGCCAAUCUGGCCUCGUUCGUUUCUAGUAUCUUCGGCACCCAGGAGAUCGGGUUUUCGGAGUUGAAUGAUAAUUUCCUCGAUGUGUUUGUCCCGGAGGGUGGUCGUCUCCUCAAGGUGCAGGGUGCCUUGUUCCUGGAACUUAAGACCCAGGCGUUCAUCGCAUCGAUGAACAACUCGGAGCGAACCCGAACCGAGCUUCUCUACGAUCUGUUCCCUGAUGAGCUGGAGCAACACUUGCUUGAUCGGCGACCUGGGACUCGUCAGCUGGCACCUAGUGAAGCCGACUUUGUCAAACGGGCUGGUUCGCGCCGUGAUAUUCUUCUGAGCGAUGUCAACAAUGAAGAUGCCAUGAAGGCCUUGCCGGACAAGUACCACUGGGAGGACUUUCUUCGGGACUUGAGCUCCUACAUCACGAAGAACUUUGAUACUCUCAGUAACCAACAGGUCUGGAUCCCUAUUGUUCUUAUCGCUCCUAAUGACUGUACACUAACGAGGAGCCAGGCGAAAAAGACCGCCAAGGGUCGACAGCCAUCCUCAUCUGAUGGAGACUCCCAGCCUCCCAACGCCCCCCUACAAGGCCAAUUCCCGAUCUCGACACAGCCGCCCGAUGUUCCGGUUGACAGAAACAUGCACGGUGACCUUGUUGCUCGUGCGGCUCCCGGGGGGCAGAUUUUGCACGGGUAUUCUGCGGCCCAGCCAACCGGCCAGAUGCAACAUCAGCAGGCCCAUCAGCAGCCGUACCAUCACAGUCCCGCGCCGUCUGGUUAUCAGCAGCCGCCCGGUCAACUGACCUUCCAGCAAAGUCCUCUACAGGCGAACUUCCAGCAAUACAACCACGUUACGCCUGCAUCGAUCCCGCGACCUAACUCGGCAGCAGCCAACCAUGGCUAUAUGCCUGGCAUCCCGCACUAUUCGCAGUCCCAGCCUACUCAGGUGCUGUAUGAGCGCGCCCGCAUGGCGGCCUCCGCCAAGUCGUCUCCCAGCAGCCGCAAGUCUGGCCUGCCAAGCCAGCGCCGACCGUGGACGACAGAAGAAGAGAAUGCUUUGAUGGCUGGUCUGGAUAGGGUUAAGGGCCCUCACUGGAGUCAGAUCCUCGCCAUGUUCGGGCCUGGUGGCACCAUCAGCGAAGCGCUGAAGGACCGCAACCAGGUUCAGCUCAAGGACAAAGCGCGUAACUUGAAGCUGUUCUUCCUCAAGAGCGGCAUUGAAGUCCCGUAUUACCUGAAGUUUGUCACGGGCGAACUGAAAACUCGCGCGCCCGCACAGGCCGCCAAACGCGAAGCUCGUGAACGGCAAAAGAAGCAGGGCGAGGAAGACAAGGCGCAUGUUGAAGGCAUCAAAGGCAUGAUGGCGCUUGCAGGCGCACAUGCUCAGCCGGUUGGACUCGGCCACGGCCACGACAUGUCCGCGUCGCCCCUGCCGCCCGAUGCUGGGGCCCAUGCGACGUUUGAUCAAACAGCCGAGCAGAACUUGAUGCAGACUCUCGGCCAGGAGGUGCAUGGCGAGGCAUUCGGGCAGCAUCACCAUCACCAUCACCAUCAUCACCAGCACCAGCAUCAUGCUCACCACCAGGACCACGUUGACCCCAACAUGCAUCUGGGACAAUGAACAGGGGUGAGUGACUGCUCCUUGCUCCUUGCUCCUACUAUUCUUUUUUUUUUUUCUCUCUCUCUUCCACUGCUCCACAUGUAUCAAAAUGUGCCUCUAUGCGUGUGUAUCUUUUAUUCUAGCGAUUGGAGUGAUUUCCAGGGACUUGGAGGACCUAAGGUGAGGGUCACUGAUGCUGUUUGCUGGGGAUGGACGGCCGGCCGUGUGGGAGUCUGGGCUGUGUAACAAUAUCUUUUUUCUAGUAAUUUCCAAGACAGCGAGGGAUAUGUACCAGACUGUAUUCUACGAAUGUACGCCUU